UCUUCUACCAAAAGUGUACGACUUCACUUGACCUUUAUUUUUUUAACUCCAAACUCAAUUUUUUUGCUUCUCUUCUUUCUCUCUCUUCCUCAUCAACCCUUUGGGAAGAUACAGGUAACAGAUUCCUUCCAAUGAUUGGAUAUCCUAAAAUGGGAGACCUUAUGAAAAGACAGUUCAGCAUCUUAGAUUUAUCUAGAAAGAAAUUUCUGGAAUGGAAAGUGGAUGCAAUGAUGAAUUUGAAAGCUCAAGGUUUGGAGCACACUGUUAAAGAAAAUAAAAGUCCCUCUGGUCAAACAACUGAUGCUACCUCUUCUGCAAUGACGGUUGAAAAACCUAUCACUGAACAAGAUAAGGCAAAAGCCUUAGUGUUGUUAAGGCAUCAUUUACAUGAAGACCUUAAAACUGAGUACAUGAUGGUUGAAGAUCCCAAAAAAUUAUGGGAUUGCCUUAAUGAAAGAUUUGGACACCACAAAAGGGUGCUCCUGCCUAAGGCAUUAUUUGAUUGGACAAAUUUACGGUUCCAGGAUUUCAAAUCUGUAAUUGAUUAUAAUUCAACCAUACAUGAGAUAGUGUCUAUAUUGAGAUACUGUGAUCAUCCGGUUACAGAUGAACAGAUGAUUGAAAAAACACUCACUACCUUUCAUGCAAGUAACAUACUGUUGCAAGAACAGUAUCGUGAAAGAGGUUUUAAAAAGUUCAAUGAAUUAAUGAGUAUAUUGCUUGUUGCGGAACAAAAUAGUGAACUUUUGUUGAAAAAUCAUAACCUGAGACCAACUGGGUCUUUGGCCACUCAUCAUGAGGCAAAUGCAACAAAUUCCUAUCCACCCGAGUCAAAUGCUACAAGAAGAGGUGGACGUAGAAAUUACAAUGGUCGUGGAAGAUGCCGUGGAAAUUAUCGCGGACGCGGCCGUGGUCGUGGUAGAAAUAAUUAUCAAAGAAAUAGUAAUUUCAAAAAUUUUGAAAAACAGAAGGGGCAGUCAUCUGGAAGCCACAAACAAACUCCUUCGAAAGGAAAAGACACAUGUUACAGAUGUGGCAUGACAGGACAUUGGGGACGUACUUAUCGAACGGCCAAACAUUUGGUAGACCUUUACCAUGCUUCUGUAAAAGGCAAAGAGAAAAAUGCAGAAGCAAAUUAUGUUAAUGAGGAAAAUGCUCCUUGUCCCAGCCUUGAUGUGUCUGAUUAUUUCAUGGAUAAUGCUGAAAUUGGAAAUGAUUUCAUUCUUGGAGAAAACAACAAUACUUAGGUUUCUCAUUUACUAAUGUAACAUAUGCUAUAUUUUAAUGUAUUUUCUUAGUUCCCUGUAUUUUAAAUUUCUAGUCAUGUACUUUAAAUCUCUAUCAUCAAUAAAAGUUUGUAUGAUAUUAUUCUAAACUAAUCUCAAAUUUAUUUUAUGAAGAUAUGGAUCUACCUGAAGUUAGUUCCGAAUAUCAAUGCC